AAAAACCAGCAACAAAAUGUUACAAAACUCGAACGCCGCUGCCGCUGCGCAGUCAGCAGCACAAGCCGCCUCAGCGGUGGCCACACCGGCAGCAGCGGUGGCAGCGGCAGCGGCGGCAGCAGCAGCCAAUAAUGCCGCCUUGGCCGCCUCCUCCAUCCAGCCGAAGCUCAUCGUCAUCUGCCGGCGACCGAACCAGGGAUUCGGGUUCACGCUGCGCCACUUCAUUGCCUAUCCGCCGGAAGAUGAUGCCGCGGCGACGGCGACUGGAUCUGCCACAGCAACGGCCAGCUGGCCACAGGAAGCCUCCAGCUUGGCCGGCAGCAGCAGCAGCAGCAGCGGUGGCGGCGGCGGCGGCGGCAACGGCGGAAUCACCGGUUUGGAGCCAAUGUCUCCGACGUCGCUGACGUCGCUGCCGCCGUACCAAGUGAAAGCGAUGGAGACCAUUUUCAUCAAAGAGGUGCAGGCGAACGGACCGGCCCACCUCGCCAACCUGCAGACGGGCGACCGCGUGCUGAUGGUUAACAACCAGCCGAUCGCUGGCAUUGCCUACAGCACCAUCGUCUCGAUGAUCAAGCAGACGCCGGCGGUCCUCACGCUGCACGUGGUGCCCAAGGAGUGCGAUGUCCUGCAGAUGCACUACACGAGCAUUGCCCACACGCCGGAGUCGAACCGCCUGACCAUGUCGACGCACUCGCCCUCGCCCUCGCUGCUGGCCAAUGGCUCCCACAAAACCACAUUUCCAUCGGCAACAUCGGUGGCAGCAGCAGCAGCAGCAGUUGCUCCUCCUCCUCCGCAGCAGCAGCAGCAGCAGCAGCAACAGUUGAUCUCAUAUCCCGCUGUUGCAGCCGUGGCUACAUCAUCGCCGGCAGGAUCGCCGCAUUCCAAUCCCAAUAUCCAGACCCAUCAUGCUGCAUCCUUGCACGGAGGCAGUCGAUCGGGUAGCAUAACCAGCACUGCUAGCGGCGGAGGAAUCACUAUCCUGAGUAAGCAGUUCUACCCACUUCCUAUGCAACAGCAGCAGCAACAGCAACAGCAGCAACAGCAGCAGCAGCAGCAACAGCAGCAACAUCGUCAUCCGGCUAUGAGUGGCGGCAGUAGCAGCAUCGAUUUUGGGGACAUGGCCCACGGAUUGCGGCAGCAUCAGCAACAGCAACAGCAACAUCUCUACCAGCAACAGCAGCAGCAACAUCAUCAUCAUCAUCAUCACCAGAUGAUCGCCACCGGCAGCGGCGGCUUCAUGCGUGCCAAUCAGCCGCCAAAUUUAACAGUAUUAUCAGCCAACUCGGCAUCGGCCACGCCCACACCCACCGCCCGUCAACCCAAGUCAUCCAUGGCCCUUAGUCAAGCGAUAUAUGCGGGAUCCGGAACCGUAUCCAUGUCCGGCUCUGGCCCAGUAUCCGGUGGCAGUGAGAACAGUGACCUGAUGAUACGCUUGCGAGAGUCAAUCAAGCAAAAGGAGGAGUUCCUUAAGUCCCCAGGGCCGGCAUCCCUGUCCUCCGCCUCAUCGGCCAAUGGCAAUGCGGCGCAAUCGUCAUCGCCAGCCCAGCAGCAACAGCAACAUCUACAGCAGCAUCAGCAGCACUUUUUCCCCUCACACACGCCACCCGGUGGUGUACAGGUGGUGGCACCACCGCCACGAAGUCGCCACCAAGCGCUGCUCAAGCAACAGCAGCAGCAACAGCAACAACAGCAGCAGCAGCAGCAGCAGCAACAUCAGCAGGUUGUCCUCGGCUACGACAUGUUCUAUGGCGGUGGCAAGCUAGUGCAGCGAUCUUCGACAGCUCCGGGUAGCGUUGUGAGCCACCACCAUCAGCAGCAGAUGCACCACCAACAGCAGCAACAGGAGCAACAUCAUCACCACUUGCAGCAUCAACAGAUCCAGCAGCAGCAACACCGCCAGGUUAUGAUUAAUAACAAUGCCAAGUAUGCCAAGGAUCUCGACUAUUUUGAAACGCUUCAGGAGACGGGAGUCACCAAUAAGGUAUUCGAGCGCAAAUUGGUAUCACACAUGUCCAAAGGAUUUGAUCCAUUCAAGCCGCUAUCUAUUAACACCAACGCCCUGGAGUCCUCCGCCAGCACAUCGAGCACAUCCACCUCCACAACCUCGACGGCGGUGAAAAAGCAGAGUGCCAUCCUAUACGAGUCCCUGCAACAGCAUCCUCUGGCCAAAUAUCACCAGCAGAGUGGCCAACAGACAAUGGUAGAUGGACAGAGUAGCAGCAGUCGAAUGGAACUGCAUAAGGCCACGUUGGCGAAUGCCACCAUUGAUCCAGUGCCACCGCCAUCCAACAGUAAGUUUGUUUCGCUGCCGGAAAAGACGGUGACUUCCGUUGCCACAUUGGCGGAUAUUGCCGAGAGCAGUGCGGCCGCCAUUGUGGAAAGUAGCUCCACUGGAAACGUGGUCGUCCGACGCUUUAAGCCAUUGGCCUCGAGUUCCUUUGAUGAAGGCAAACCAAUGCGUCGGAUCUCCUAUUUGCGGGCCACCAACAAUGAGGCCGACUUUAAUGCAGCUGAGGCAGCAGCAGCUGCUGGCGGGGAUUCGGUACCAUCUGCACCAGCUCCAGCGACAGUGCCAGCACCAUUACCCGCAACAGCUUCAGUUGCCGUGGCGCCCAUGCCCAUUUCCAUACCCAUUCCGGUGGCUGCCGUUGUCGUGGAGCCGCAUAAAACGAAAUCCCUGGUUGAGGAGCAUCCAGAUCCUACAUAUGAUGUGAUUGGAGGCACCGGCGGUGGCCAUGAGUUUAUUGAGACACCCAAUGGCCUGGAGGAUGUGCGUCUGUCGGCUCACGGAAGUCGUCGGGCCUCCAUGAGCAGUGACAUGCGAAGCAGCAUUCACAUUGAUGCCGAGCUAAAUGGCAAAUAUGUACCCAACGAACUGGAGGCCUUUGAAACGGAGAUUGAGAUCAAGUCCUCCUGCAUCAACGGAAAGCGCAUGUCCGAGUACCGAUCGUGGCGUCAGGUGAAGCUGGAGAUUAAGGGAGAUCUGCUGCGCAUUUACUCAGGCCGCCAUGCCAAAUCGGAGCAUAAUGUGAUAGAACUUGAUAUUAGAAACUUUAAGUUCUUCGACGAGUCGAUGGACAAGAAGAAGUACUUGAUCCGCAUGCAGUCGAAGCCAUCGCCCAGUGGUGCCCAUCUUGCCACCUUGGGCAACGAGCUAAAUCUGGACGAGAAUCACGACAAACAGCUGCUCACCUCCUCGGGCAGCAGCAGUGCCAAUGAGCCAACAGCCUCCGCCUCUGCUCUGUCCACAUCCACCUCAUCCUCGACAUGCAGCAGUGGUCCCUACACCGAAAUCCUAUUCAAGACGAAAAGCAGCAACGAAAUGAAGCGUCUGUUUGGGUUGCUGCAGUGGAAGGAUAGCCUCAAUUACGAUGAUAAUGAGCAUCAACAGCUGCCUGGAAAGCAAAUGGCGGAGCCUCAGAAAACAGCCGCCACCUCUAGCAGCAGCUAUCUGGACGAUGUUCAAUCUGGAGGAGCAGGAGCAGCUGCUGCUGCAGAUAGCUCACCCUUGAGCUCUCAUUCAGCGGAGGCUGGUGGUCAUCAUGUUUCGGCUUUGCCAGCGGCUGCGGCUAUUGUGGCCGCCACCAGCGACUCCAUAUCGCCGGUGAUGAAGGCCAGAAAGUCCUCGUCGCACAAGCAUAUACCCGACAAGGAUUUGGGCUCACCGAAAUCGAAGAACUGGAAGGAUUUGCUAUUCCGCCGUGGCGGUGGCAGUGGCAGUGGUGGAGUGUCCCAUCAUCAUCACGACUUGGCAUCGCCAUCCUCUGGCUGCUCAUCGAAGCAAACCGGUUCGAUUGGUGUUCCCCUGCGCAACUGUCCCAUGUCGAAGCUGAAUCCGUGUGUGCCACAUCUGGUCGAAGUGUGCACCAAUAUUGUGGAGACCAAGGGAUUGAGUGUUGUCGGCAUUUAUCGCAUACCCGGCAACAAGGCGGCCAUAUCGGAACUCUCCGAGCUGGUUAAUACCAAGGACUUUCAGUUUGAGAGCUGUGCCACGGAUGUGCGUUGGGAGGAUGUGAAUGUGGUGAGCAGUCUGCUCAAGUUGUUUAUCAGGAGUUUGCCGGAUGCCUUGAUGCCCGCCAGUUACUACAUCAAUUUCAUUGAAGCGGACAAAAAGGUGGGACUGGAGAGGAUCGUGCUCCUGCGAGAGAUUGUGGAGUCGCUUCCACGACAUCCCUACGAGACAAUGAAGCAUCUGAUCCGGCAUCUGUGCCGGGUGAGCGACAACUGUGAAGUGAAUCGUAUGGAGCCCAAGAAUUUGGCCAUUAUCUUUGGUCCCUCGAUCAUCAGGACGCCAAAUGACACGCUAGAAACGGCGGUCAAGGACAUGAAGCACCAGUGCCGCAUCGUUGAGCUGCUGGUGACACAGUAUGACUAUUUCUUUGAGGGUGGUAGUCUGCCGGAUUUGGCCGAGGUGAGUGGCGCUUGUGCCGCCGUGAGUGCUGCCCAACCCCAGCAACAGACGCAGGAGGAUCAGACAAGCAUGCUGUUGCACAAUCUGUCCAAGAUCGAGCGAAUCACCGAACGGGAGACGACAACGCGCACUUCGCGCUUCAUGCCGCAACUGCGACGCAAGACCCAUGGCAAGCGGAGUGUUGUCAAUUCGGACACUUACUCCGGCGAGAGUGUUCUGGUAAGCGGGAGUAGCUGCUCCACCAACAACACCACAAACACCACCACCCACAACACCAUCACAAGCUGUAGUAGUAGUAGUAGUAGCACCAUCACCACCACCAACAUCACAACCACAACCACCACCAUCCAGCAGCGACGUCGGGCACAGCGCAAGGCUGUGCAGAGCAUUUGUGAUCAGGCUCUAACCCUGCUCCUGCCCACACCCGUUUCCUCCGUCUCUCUGCCCUUUCAGUCGCUGGACUACGCCAAGGUGUCCACCUCCGCCUCGGCAUCGGCCUCGGCCAGCAGCACGGCCAGCACAUCGAGCAGCUCAACGCUGCAUAGUGGCAAGGCAUCCGCCUCCUCCUCAUCAACCAGUUCGACAACCAAGUUAGGCUCAUCCUCCUCGACUACGACGACGGCCAUAUCCUCCUCCAUUUCGGCCACUUCAUCGAAAUUCCUGCAGAGUGCGGCACUGAAGAAGCGCAGCACUGGUGGUUUCCUUGGCUCAUCACGAUCCUCACAGCAGACGCGCAAGGCCAGUCUGGAUGAGAAGGAUUCGGGCAGUGUGGACUCCGCUGGCAGCCUGGCACUCAAUCUAAAUCUAAAUCUGGCCAAGGAGCAGCAGCGCAGCAGUGUGGAUGUGUCGAUAUUGCUAACGGACGACGAGUCCAGCAGCAGGCUCAGCGAUACGGGUUCCAUGUCGCUCACAACUAUCACGGAUACGCUGGACACCAAGCUGCGGAACUUGCGCAGCGGUUCCGAGUCCAACGAUGAGAACGUUGCCGGCCGUGAUUUUCCCAAGAAUCGUCGCCAUACUUUGGGUCAGCCCUUGCAUAUGCACUCCGAGAACAUUCCGUAUGCGGACGAGUCGCCCGAACGGCUGUUCCAUCAGUUCUGCAAUCCCCUGGAUGCCGCUCCCUUGUCCCUUCACCUGAGUCGCUCCUGCACGGCCACGAAUACGAUUGGCGGCGAUGACGAUGAGGAGGAGAAACUAUCCAAGCCGUCGUCCAAGCCGUUGCCCCCUAGCUUGCUUAAGGCCGCCGCCCACAAGCUACAGCAUUCGGCUACGGUGCCCAUACAUCAGGGAAGCUCUACGGCGCCCACAAGCGGAGCAGCCACGCCCACUGGCAGUACGCCCACGGGCAGCGGUGGAGUUAUGCCGCCGCCACGCAGUUCCUCGAGCAGUGUCAAUACCCUAACCAAGAGUCUGCAUACCAGAUUUGGCAGCAAUUAUCUGAGUUACGAGAGAGGCAAUGCCUCAAGUGGACCGGGAGUGGGAACUGGUGCAGGAGCUUCUAGCGGUGGUGGUGCUGCCUCCGAGGAUGACUCCGAGGGCUCCACAACAAGUGAUCCCAAGGAGAAACUGAUGCUGGGCGAACGCCCAUCGCCGUCGUUUUUUCUCGAGCGCUACAACAAAAAGAGACGUGACCAUCGGUUAUUUCGCAGCGCCAGCUUCAACUGUCGCAAUUACUCCACCCGACACCUGACCACCUCACAGACGACCGGCCCUGGUGCCGGAUCGAGCGGAGUGGCAGCGAUAGCCGUGGGCAUGGCCUGUUGCCAGGCACUGAAUGCAACCAGCACGGGCCUAACGAAGGACGAGAAGACUGACAUGAAUCUGACCAAGAAGCGUCAAAUCCAGAAUAAGCAGAAUCGUUCCAUUAAGCGACGGCACACGGUCGGCGGUCCCCACGAUUAUUCCGCCAGCAAUGGCAGUUGCUCGAACCAUGUCCACGCCCAUGGCCACUUGCAUUCGCACUCGCAUUCGCAUGGUCAUGCUGCCGCCGGUCACGAUCUGGCGGCCAUCAACUAUAAUCAUCACAAUCGUCAUCAUCAGCAGCAACUCCUCAAACUGAACACGGUGUCCACUGUGUCCGGUGGCGGGGCCAGUGCCAGCGCCGCUGCGGCGGCAGAGACGACGACCACAACAACCACUACGACCACAAUGGUACUGCGACGUCUGGGUGCUGGUCAAUCGGGUGCUGAACCUGGAUCCGGUUCCAGUUCGGGAUCAAACAACAGCGGCAGCAGUAACAACAAUAACUCACCGCAAAGCGAUGGCAGCAAUGGCAAUGGAACAUCAGCCACCGGUGGUGUAUCCACAGUGAAUGCUCCACCUCCAGGAACAUCAGGUGGCGGCAGUGGCAGUGGCAGCAACAGUAACAGCAGCAGCAAUAGCACCACACCGGCGGGAGCCGGAGAUCAGGUACUGGAAGUGGGCAUACGCAUUAAGAACCUCAAUAGGGGACGCUUCUAGGCGACGUCACUGAGCUCAAAGAUCAGUUUGGAUUGGAACCUGAACAUAUAUAUCAUAUAUCGGAAUGCAAAAUGCCUGAGAAUAUGAUUAAACACUAAAAAGUUCGCAUGAACAGACAGAUUCCAAGAAAAUAUCUGAAAGGAGCCACCAGAAGUAUAGAUAAUUACAAAAUAUUUCAAUAUUUCGUUCAAAGAAAGCAGUAUUUUACAACAAUGAUAAACAAACAAAACAGUUUAACUAAAAAUAUUAACAAAAAAGGAAGAAAAUGAGAAGAAAAACAAAACAAAACCAAGUUGUAAAAUCACAAGGUUAUAAAAGCAAGUAAUUUAUGAACGUUUUCGAAUAGUUUUUCGAUUUGAAAUCGUUCAAAAGAAUCUGCUUCUAUAUUACCUAAAUGAUUUAUGUCAAUAUAAACAAAACAGUCACCAUAGUCUAUAUAUUAAUAUAUAUAUAUAUAUAUCUAUUAAAUAUCAAUGUGUACAAGUUGAGAAGGACACACAGAACAUGUUGUAACCACAGUAACAGUUUUUUUGAGCGAGAAAUCAGGUAAUCAGAGCAGAGCGCAGCGCAGAUCCAGGCAGAGAGCAAUUGAAAAAUUGGUAAUAUCCCUUAAAUAAUAUCAAGAUAUAUACUUUAUAUAUAUAUACAUAUUUACUAAAUGUUCAAGUGUCCCAAGCUGUGGCUUUCAAGAGAUAUCAGCCAAGAACAUAACCAAUUAAUUGUGGAAUUAAAACAGCAAAGUAAACGAAACUGACCAACAAAUAACACAGAGAGAGAGAAAAAGAGGAAAACUAGAAGUAGUCGAGUUGGAAAACUAAAGAAAAGCUAUGAAAAGUUGGACAACCUCCUCCUACAAAUAUUAUAAACAAUGCAACGCAGAAAAUGAAACAAUCGUAGAAUGAACUAUAAGAAGCGGCAAGUAAUUUAUUUAUUCGCACACUCACACUGAGAAUACACUGAGAGAAACACACAAACUAAAAUGGGAACCAAGCUGAGAAACGCGCAAGAGGGAGACAGAGAGAUAGAGAUAGGGAUAGAGAAAGCGACAGAGAUAGAGAGAGAGAGAGGUAUAUUGAGGAUAGACAAAGAAAGAGAUAACUAUUUUGUAAAACGUAUACAAGAAACACAAAGAAUACAGACGGAAAAACGCAUAAAUAACCCACACACACGCAUAUAUAUUUGUAAAAAAUAAUCAUAUUUAAUAUAACAA